AUGACCAAUAAUUUUCAUAGGAUUCUUGGCAGAGGUGGAUUUGGAACAGUUUACCAUGGCUUUAUUGAGGACAUUCAGGUGGCUGUUAAGCUUCUAAUGAGAAUGCAUCAUCGAAAUCUGACUUAUCUUAUUGGUUACUGCAAUGAAGAAACUAAUAUAGGACUCAUCUAUGAAUACAUGGCAAAUGGAAACUUAGACGAACAUCUUUCGAGAAAAAACAAUAGGGAAAAGUCCUUGAAUUGGGAAGAUAGACUUCGAAUAGCAUUGGAUGCAGCCCAAGGAUUGGAAUAUCUGCAUAAUGGUUGUAAGCCACCCAUAGUCCACAGAGAUGUAAAAUGCACAAAUAUUCUAUUAGACGAAAACUUGCAUGCCAAACUUGCUGAUUUUGGAUUAUCCAAAUGCUUUGCUGCUGACGGCGAUACACAUGUGUCAACAAUCGUGGCCGGAACUCCAGGCUACCUAGAUCCUGAAUAUUCUACAUCAAACAGGUUGACAGAAAAAAGUGAUGUAUAUAGUUUUGGAGUAGUUCUUUUAAGGAUAAUCACAGGUCAAUCGGUUAUAAUAGUAAGGGAAGACACAGCUUAUCAUAUAAGUCAGCGGGUUAACUCUAUGCUUGCUGAAGGGGAUAUAACAAAAGUUGUUGAUUCAAGGAUACAAGGAGAUUUUGACAGUAACUCUGCAUGGAGAGCGGUUGAAAUAGCAAUGGCCUCUGUGUCUGUCACUUCGGUGGAAAGACCAUACAUGAGAGAUAUAGUGACACAGUUGAAGGACUGUUUGGCUGCAGAGUUAGCCCGAAAACAUAUUUGUGACCUUCAAAAUGAAGAUUUAGUUCAACAGUUUAGUGUGAAUUUAAUUAGUACUGAUAUGACUCCACUAGCUAGAUAG